UAGGUAGCGCUCGACAGUUGGUAGCCAUGUGCGCUACACAAUUAGUUAGUAGAAAUAGUGAUAAUAUGGUGGUCGAUACUAUUUUCCUGAUUUAUUUAAAUUAGUUAAUUAUGGUCAGACGUGAAAAUUACACUAUUUAUUUACCAAUUAUCAUUCUUUAAAAGUAUUUGAUUAUGGAUCAGUUGUUCAUUAUAAACAGAUAUGGUGAAGAUACUGAGAAAACUACUGGGUUUAACGAAAAAAGAACCCAGUUGCUAACUCAACUUGUGACUCAAGCCAAAUUACGUAAGAAACAUUAUGAAGAAUCUUCAGGUCUGUGUCAGAACUCAGAAGAACAAGAGUUGGAUAUUUCAUCAGAAAUAAAAGAAACUGAACCAAAAGAUGAGCAAAAUAUUUUCCUUGAAAUGCCAGAAGAUACUUUAACAUCAAAUGACGUGAAAGAUAAGGUAAAAAAGAAAAGAAAAAGACGAGAUAAUAGUAUAGGUGAGGAGGUGUCAGAAAGACACAUUUCAGAAAGUUUUAUUGAAGAAAGUAAACCAGAAAGAAUAAUUUCCAAAAAACAGAAAAUUACUAACGAGAAAGAGAAAAAUGAAAAAGAUGUUGAACUUCAGCAAGACAUAUCAAAAGAGGUGUUUGAUGAAUCAAGUAAUGAGGUAACUAAUACCAAAGAUGACAAUCUUUCAGAAGCAUUUCCUGUCCUAGGUGAGGUCGAGAGGAAACAGAAAGAGAAAGUUCGACGUGUUUUACCUGAUUGGCUAGCUAAUCCAACUGUUAUUACUGUUGAUCUAAAAGAUAAAGAAACAAAAGUUGAUACCUUUUCUGGUCUUGAUUCUCACCUGAAACAAAACCUAAAACAUUCUGGCAUACAUCACUUCUUCCCAGUGCAGAAAGUGGUGAUACCCUGGUUGUUGGGAAACUCUGUCCAACAGUACUGUUGUCGGCCACAGGAUAUUUGUGUUUCUGCUCCUACUGGUAGUGGAAAAACACUUGCCUUUGUUCUUCCAAUCAUUCAAGCUUUGAAAAGUCGAGUUGUUUGUCGUGUCCGGGCUCUGGCAGUCUUGCCUGUUCGUGACCUUGCCGCUCAAGUGUACAAUGUCUUUUGCUCCUAUUGCAAAGGAACAUCUUUACGAGUUGGACUUGCUGUGGGACAGAAAACGUUUACCGAGGAACAAAAAACUUUAGUCAAGCAAGGUGUAAGAAAUGUUACGAGUUUAGUAGAUAUUGUGGUGGCAACACCGGGAAGAAUUGUUGAUCAUAUUCAGAGAACUCCUGGUUUCUCCCUGGAGAGUCUUCGCUACCUGGUUAUUGAUGAAGCUGAUCGUAUGAUGGAAGAAAUUACUCAUGGCUGGCUUGCUGCUGUUGAGAAAGCUGUUUUCAAGGUUUCCAUGACUAGUAGAAAUUGUCCUUGCACACUAGAGAACAACAAGAGAGCUUUGUCAUCUUUUCCUCUUACUGCCUGCACAUUUUCUCAUAUUUUGGAACCAUUGCAAAAGCUUCUUUACUCAGCAACUUUAUCUCAAGAUCCUGAAAAACUUCAGCAGCUGACUUUAUUUCAGCCAAAGCUCUUUACGUCAAUCACAAAAACACCUGGAUUGGAUGUUUCUACAAACCAACAUGAGAGAACAGGAGAGUUUGUUGGUAAAUAUACCACACCAGAGGAACUUAAAGAAUAUUAUACCAUUUGUGAGCCAUCUAUUAAACCUCUUGUUGUCUGGUAUUUCUUGAAACACAAAGGUUUCAAAAAAGUUCUUUGUUUUACUGGUUCAGUGGAAAACACUCAUCGGCUUUGUACUUUGCUGAAAGGUCUAGGUGGCGUGAUGGUCCAAGAAUUUUCUUCCGGUCUGCAUUUGGUCAAACGAAAAAAAUGUUUAAAGCAGUUUUCAAGCGGAAAGAUAGAUAUUUUGGUUUGCUCUGAUGCCAUGGCCCGGGGAAUUGAUGUUGUAAAUGUGGAUUACGUUAUUUCUUAUGACCCUCCUAUGUUUGUUAAAACGUACAUCCACAGAGUGGGACGCACUGCAAGAGCUGGCAGAGAAGGUACAGCAAUAACACUGUUGCAGAAAAAAGAAGUAAGAAAUUUUCAAAAAAUGCUGAAGUCUGCUGGAAAAGAGAGAGUACCAGAGUUAGAAGUGUGUCAGACUGAUCUAGAAUCAUAUAGAGAGAACUACAGAGCUGCCCUUAGUGCAACUUCAAAACUAAUUGCUCAAGAAAAUCAACAAAAGCAAGCAUUAAAAAAUCCAGGUCAGAAAAAGAAAAUGAAACUAAAGAGAGUUCAGAACUUUAAGAUGAAUGGAAAGCAGAUUAAAAGUUAGUUUCGUAACCACGAUCUGCAGAACAGUUCUAGUGUAAACUCCAACUUCUGUAAAGGAAUAGGAAAAAAACAAAGAUGAUAAAUAUUUUCAGAAUGUAAAGAACGUUUAUGUAAUCAAUGACUUUUUUUUUAUAAAAUAUAUUUUACAGUUCAUGUAAAAAAUGCCAUCAUAUUAAAAAACAAAAAAUGCAAGUUAAUAAAGGUUAAGGCAGUG